UUAUAAAAGAAACUGCUGAAGCUUAUGGUGUAGGAUUUGAUAUCAUUGAAGGUGCUGCUCACAAUAUUAUGUUGGACCUUACAUGGGAGGAUGCUGCUUGUGUUAUUUUUAAUAGAAUCCAAGAAAAUAUUAUUAACAAGAAAUAA